ACAAACCGUGUGUGUAAUUAUGGAAGUAACUGUGAAUACUAUAUAUUUUAUAUGCAUGUUUGUAUUGUGCAAAACAACUGAAAUACCAAAAGCGUAUUCAUCAAACAAAACUUUAAUAAACGAAGGUAUUCACAGCGGAAACAACGUCGUACAAGAAUCGAACCAAUUUAAAUUUUACCAGAAAACCAACAGUUCGUCAUCAGAGCACAUACCACCACACACCAACACGAAAUGGUCGCCGUGGACACCAAUUCCAGGCAGGUACAGUCUGAAGCAUAGCUUAUCAAUGCAGAGAGAUAACUCUACAAAUUCUGGUAUGGUUAAUGGUACUGAAAUAAUGAUUGCUGUGAAGAAUGACGUAAGAAACAGCACAAACAUGGAAGUCAAACUUUCCAACACGACGUUUAAUCAAACACUGUUUAAUAAAGCAAACCAAUCUGACCCAGAGACCAUAAACUCAACCAAUCAGAGUUACGUGGUCACUCCGCCUUCAGAAAUAAUAAAGACAGUGUCGAAUACGUAUCGGAACACCAGAAACCGCAUUUCUUACUCCAAAGGGAUGACGUAUUACUUCUGGGACACCGUCUAUUUAAUUUUAAAGUGUUUUAAAGAUCACUGGAAGAGUGGAGUUGUGGACUGUGUGACAUCGAGGGCCUCGACGUUGCUGGACGGGUUGUUAGGAAUCGGCACCAGGAAUCAUCAGCUGCUGAACAAAGAAGGAUUCGAGCUGAUUCCGUACGACGAAAUUCUGGAAGAGAGUCCACGGAACGACGAAGAAUUGCCGUUAGAGGACGAUGAAGAGGACGAGGACGUGUACGACGAUGAAAAUAAAGACUCGAGAGAAGGUGUGGGUGAAAAUUUUCGCAAAAGGAAGAUUAAGAGAGUGAAUCGCAAGAUGAAAAUGAUCAUAAUGGCUAUCAUAACGGCGAUGGUUCCAAUAAUCGCUGCGGUCAAACUCAAGUACUUCAUUAUGGUUUCCUUGGGACUUGGUUUUCUAGGCUUGGUUAUUGGAAAGACCAUAAUGUUCAGUAUGCUAGCUCUACCUGCAGCAUUUAUAGGAAAUUAUAAAAGAGAAUCCUACAACUUCGUGAGGCGAAUGGAUCAAAUGGUGGGUGGUCGUCCCCUGUUUGGGGAUGGAACCGACCCCUACGCUGGAGGCCGUCGCUUGGUAUAAAUCGACUUCACAAGAAUCGAAAAGAAUGUGGUCGCCAGAGCCCAGGAUACUAGCCCAUAUGAAAAUAAUGGGAAUUCAUUUAUCCAGUGCACAUAUGUUAACAUUUUCCAUGCAACGAAGAAGAUAGUAUCUCGGUCAAAAACUCUAUAAGUGAAUAUAUACUUUGUUUAUUAAUAGGAUUAAAAUCAGUACGAAUACAUUUUAUUGCCACC